GGCGGCUGAUUCGAGGACGUGUUUUGUCAAAAGCUGCGCGUUUGAAGAGCCGCAGCAGGGGUGGCCAUGCCGUCUGAGGGUCGCUGUUGGGAGACCUUGCAGGCGUUGCGCAAUUCCGACAAAGGUCGCCUUUGCUACCACCGCGACUGGCUGCUACAGGGCGAGGAUGUUUUAGAAGAAUGUAUGUCUCUUCCCAAGCUGUCUUCUUACUCUGGAUGGGUGGUCGAUCAUAUCCUACCCCAUACACAAGGGAACCCACCUUCCUCUGAGGCUUCAACAUCCUCUAGACCUACCUCAGCCCUAGACCAACCUUCAUUUGUUCCCAAAUCCCCCAUCAGAAGCCCCGCCUCGUCACCAGCCUCCCCAGCAACACCAGCAACACCAGAUGGAACCGAGGGCAAACAUGAGUCCCAGCAAACAGAAUCUGUGGUACUUCAGUCCUCCCGGGGGAUCAAAGUGGAAGGCUGCAUCCGAAUGUAUGAGCUGGUGCACAGAAUGAAAGGAACAGAGGGCCUGAGGCAGUGGCAGGAGGACCAGGAGAGGAAGGUGCGCGCCCUCUCGGAGAUGGCAUCUGAACAACUGAAGCGGUUUGAUGAACGGAAGGAACUGAAGCAUCAUAAAGAAUUCCAGGACUUACGGGAAGUGAUGGAGAAGAGCUCCAGAGAAGCCCUGGGGCAGCAAGAGAAACUAAAAGCUGAGCAUCGUCACAGAGCAAAGAUCCUCAACCUGAAGCUGCGGGAGGCAGAGCAGCAGCGCCUGAAGCAGGUGGAGCAGGAGCGGCUCCGCAGGGAGGAGGGCCAGGCGCGCCUGCGGAGCCUCUAUGCCCUGCAGGAGGAGCUGCUGCACCUCAACCAGCAGCUGGACGCGGACCAGCACAAAGACCUGCUCAAGGUCGACCUGUCGGCCUUCCAGACCCGAGGCAAUCAGCUGUGCGGCCUCAUCUCGGGGAUCAUUCGGGCCACUUCUGAGAACGGCUUUCCUACCACAGAGGACCAAGCUGUGGCUGAGAGAGCUCUGCAGGAAAUGCGGGACCUCCUUACGAACUUGCAGCAGGAGAUCGCCAGGGCCUGUGAAGACAAGAGGAGGCAGGAUGAAAAGGAGGCCCAGAUAAAGCAGCAAGAGUCACAGAUGCAGCAGGGGCCACAGGUCCACAAAGAGUCCCCGGCUCCCAGCCUGGGCCCGGGAGGGAAACAGAAUGAAGACCUGCAGGUGAAGGUGCAAGACAGUACAAUGCAGUGGUACCAGCAGCUGCAGGAUGCUUCCAGUCGAUGCGUGUUGGCCUUUGAGGGGCUGACCAGCAGCAAAGACAGUGAGGCCAAAAAGAUAAAGAUGGACCUCCAGAAGGCUGCCACCAUCCCAGUGAGCCAAAUCUCCACCAUUGCAGGCUCAAAGCUGAAGGAGAUCUUUGACAAGAUCCACAGCCUACUCUCUGGAAAACCUGUUCAGUCUGGUGGGCGCUCUGUGUCUGUGACAGUUAACCCACAGGGCCUGGACUUUGUCCAGUACAAACUAGCAGAGAAAUUUGUGAAACAAGGAGAGGAGGAAGUGGCCUCUCAUCACGAAGCAGUCUUCCCCAUCGCGGUUGUGGCCUCCGGGAUCUGGGAGCUCCACCCCAGAGUGGGGGACCUCAUUCUUGCUCACCUACACAAGAAGUGUCCUUACUCUGUUCCUUUCUAUCCAGCUUUUAAGGAGGGAAUGUCUUUGGAAGACUAUCAGAGGAUGCUUGGCUACCAAGUGACGGAUUCCAAAGUGGAACAGCAGGACAACUUUCUCAAACGCAUGUCUGGGAUGAUCCGUCUCUAUGCUGCCAUCAUCCAGCUGCGGUGGCCUUAUGGAAACCGACAAGAGGUUCACCCUCAUGGCUUAAAUCAUGGCUGGCGCUGGUUGGCACAGAUCUUAAACAUGGAGCCCCUGUCAGAUGUGACAGCCACCCUCCUCUUUGACUUCUUGGAGGUGUGUGGGAAUGCCCUUAUGAAACAGUACCAGGUCCAGUUCUGGAAGCUGAUACUUCUCAUCAAAGAGGACUACUUCCCCAGGAUCGAAGCCAUCACAAGCUCAGGACAGAUGGGUUCUUUCAUACGCCUCAAGCAGUUCUUAGAGAAAUGUUUGCAGCGCAGGGAGAUUCCUGUCCCCAAGGGCUUUCUGACGUCCUCCUUCUGGCGUUCCUGAUGUCACCCCGUCGCCCACCGUCACCAUUAUGUUGCAAGGGGCAAUAAUAAAGCAACUGAAGACAGCUGUAUUUGGAAGAAGUCAUGUCAGAUUUAGGAAUCUGUCAACGUGUAUUUUCCUGUAUUUGUACUUUGUGACUAGGAGAGGAGAUUUUCAUGGGUCACAAAAUCUGGGAGGUACCUUAGUAGAUCUGAUGACUCCUUAAGGGCUCCACAGGACAGAGUAAAUGGAAUUGGCCUUUCUCAUUUUUGCAGAAGUUAAUGAGAAGAGGUUUAGCACUUGGUCUCAUCCUUUAUUUCCUUUGUCUCCAGUAUCUUUCAGAAAGUAGGUGAUACCUUAACCGGUUCACUCUGAGCUGAAAUGAGCCCACCUCUUUCACUCCCUACCCGCACCCUCCAUGCUGUCCCUGUUCAGAUGAAUUCCCCUUUAAAGUAGCUUUUAAUAGUUGAGGCUCAAAUCCUUACAUGCAAGUCUGGGUUAUGAUUAUAGUUGUUCCUCAGUUUGUGGAGUAAUUAUAAAUUCAGAGGAAAUGCCUGAUGGAGACGUGGACUAAGUCCCAAAUUGCAUCAGGGACAGCUUAGGGUCUAGGGUUAGGACUGGUAGCACGUGUUCUAUCGAACCAGGAAGCACUGUUGGUCCUCUAAAUUUGGAAUUUGGUCCCUGGAUGACUAGGGACCCAUGAACCAGGGGAAGUGCCUUUUUUGUUUUUCAGUUUGAAUUAAAAUAGGCUGAGAUGAGGCUUUCAACAUUAUAUAUGAGCUGAGCAUCCAUAAGCAAUGAAUCAGAAGUUAAAGAUGUUAAGGAGGUAUUGAGAACUGCUUUAUAAUUUCUUACAUGUUCUGAGUAAUGAAUGAUGAUGGAUUUGCCUGACUAAAGCCACUACAAAAAUCUAGAGCUUGGCUUUUCAGAUAAGAGUUGAGAUUUGUUUUAUGGAAAGACUUAUUCUCUUUUUAUACUGCAGAGGCAGCAGUCAUGGAUCUAUUCUCUGUAGUAAAUGUUGUGUGCAGGAGUGUGUUUGUUGGGGAGUAUUCCCUGGGAAGUGACCCAUUCUAUGAAUUAUUGACUGUGGUGCCAAAAAAUAAGUAAUAAACUUGAUUCUUUAAAAAUA